GGAGGAUCAACAACGUGUGAUAGAAAACGCUGCUAAGAUGGCAAGGGUUUCCAAGGACUUUGACCAAGUUGUGAAGCUCUCAAAUUCCGUUGCACAACUCAUGCGCGAGAACCCCUACCGAGAGGGCCUCGUGUGGGCUACGUAUGAGGAAUUACAGGACAACUUUUCGCUGAGCUAUCCUAUCCCGGAGGACCAGCACGGGACCUCUACUGCUUCUUCCUCGAUUGCUGUGAAUACAAGUCGUGGCGAUGAUGCUUCUUUUUUAGCUGUAACUAGCAGCGGUGCAGAGGAGCAGCUGGCGCGGAGGCGAGAGCUUCGUGAGGACAUUCGUGGGCGUUACGCACGGGUGAAGGAUGUUACAGUGGAUGGACAACCCGUUUUCUGCCGUUUCAACACGUUUAGAAAAAACAAGCUUCUGAGAAAGCGGACCAGACCUGUACCAUCUGGAAUUUCUGGCGGUGAAUCUGAAUUUCCACCGCCUGGACUGGUUCGUGGUAGAAAUCCUGAGCAGGUUAUGAAUUUCAGAGCCUUAUCGCGAGAAGCGUCCGCGGUGAAUUUGCUGGGAGAGGAGGCGAACCUCUCGGGGGUGCCCGUAGAGGAAACAGGACAGGUGGUAGACGUAAGGACGAGUGCGACUGCACUUAGAACUGGUGCCUGUGAAUGCGAUGGAUGUGAACUGCACUGUAGGUUUGGUGCUUCGGCGAUGGGCUCCAAUCCUAGUGCUGCAAACGCCGGAGGUGGUGCAGCUAACGUUAUUAAGGGUUAACCAAUUACAUCCCCCACAGCCCUUCCUCACUCUUUUUCCAGUACGAAAGAGGUGAGGGAUGUUCUGAAGAAUGUAAUGCUGCAACCUUUAACGUUAGUACUUCUGCUGAAAACACGAACACCCGUGAUCACGUGAGAGAGGUAAGUGCUAUCGUUCCUGGUGGUACGUCAACUGAUGCGUGUCCGCCCCUUCCGGAGUCAACAGUAGUAGAAGUAACACAGACGUCGUCCUCGUCUCCCUUGCAAGAGACUGGCGGCUAUAGUGGGGGCUCCUCACCAGCACAGCGGGUCAGCGAGGCAAGGAAUCUGCCAGAAUUGCGGCACUCUCGCAACUCUAGCUUCGCGACGAUACAUUCGCAAAUGGAAGCCUCAUCACCCCAGAGUCCAACAGCAGGACAAGACCCAGCUCAAUCGCCAAUAUUUCGAACUCGGAGUCUGCCAUUGCGUCGACAAGGCUCUUUUGUACAGCAGUACGGUGAGCAAGGAUCCUCAUCGUCUGUGCGACUGGUCGCUGGCUAUAAGGCAGGACCAUUGCAUGGUCGGCCAAGAAGCAGUCAGCAUCCUGCGAUGACUGCUGGGGAUCACUCAUCAGCAUUGAGAGCAUCCGGUCUCGAUCCCGCUUCGACGCCAGCCUCUCCGAAGAGCUCUGCAGCAGUACCCCGCAGAGGCUUUCCGCCGGCUCCUCCCAGUGGCAACGCGUCACCGGUUGCAAGGGGAACAGCAACUGCCGAAACCGCACCACUUGUAGCACUGCGUCAAGCUAGUCAUGAAUCGUCGUCGGGAGUGCGUCAGGAUAGUCGUCAGAACAGCGAUGUUUUUGCACCUACAGCAGCAGGACGUGGCCAACAUCAAAGCGAGGAAGGAGUUGUACCAGAGGAUGAUCGUCUUCCUCAUCUACUUCAUAGUCUAGGUUUACCAGAUCGUCAAGAAACGCUGAUAGAAGAGUGGGCACCGGAAGAGCCAGAAAUCUCAGCAUGCUGGGUCUACUCCAACGACCGAGAGACGUGGCAACUGCGGGACUAUGCGCCUGAAACAUUACGUGACCGUAUUGUAGAGUGGGAAAUCGUAGCCGAAAAGCCGCAGGAGGAGCAGGAGGAGGAGACAUUAUGGACAGUAUUUAUCCAAUCUUGCAAGAAGUGGCUGAAUGGCCUCAAUAAAUGCCGUUAUUUAGGACGGGCACCGAGGUAUCAUGACAUGCCAUCUUCCACCGUAUUUUUCCCAUGAAACACGAGGGAAGAGGUACCGACAUAACAAGGUGGCGGAGACGGAUUGAAGCACACUCUAAACUCAGCGGGGGAAGAAGGUGCAGUGCCGUCUACUCCAAUAGAAGGUAGUUCCGGAGGUGCUGUGGGACACGACGAGGUAAAUGUUGUAAGAGGUACUAGUGCAGCUAGAGCAGCAGCAGGAGGAGAUGACUCCCCACGUAGCUCAAGCGAGGCUGGCAGCACUAGUAAAUUGGCAGCGAGCACUAGUAAAUUGGCAGCAUCGUCACAAGUUGAAACGUACAGUUUGCUGCGAGUAGCUGUAGUUGCGGAUGAGCAAGGGAACAACGUCGACAACAUCAUAGGCACAUCAGAUUCGACAGGAGCUUCUGCGGACAACAAUGCUAGGGCGAUUCCGAGAAUAAACAACGAGUUUCUAGGGACUUCGAGCGCAGCGGUGUCGAUGACAGAAGUCGAUGACAGUGCGGCUGUGUCAAGUUUGGCACUCGUAUUUGGUGACCAGUCGCAGCACCGUAGUGUCUUGCUCGAAUUAAGAGCGUCAGAUGCUGGAGCAAGCACAUCGCAGCCCCCGAAGUUGGUGAUAGCCGAGCAAGACGCACGACUAAGCAACAUAAAGUUAUGACGAACUCAUAAGUACUAUAGUUCUCUCAAGAAACGCUAAAAGUUUCACUCCAUCCAUCUGCAGGUACAACUCCUACAAUUCCGCGUAAAUUAGUCCAAGUAGAAGUUCUGCUCGAGGCACAACUAGAAGAAUCGCAAGCUACUUUCCAGCAGCAAUACAUUUUGCUCUUGACCUUUUCGCAUGUCUAAGACAAGGGCGCUUCAUCACGCCAGAAGAGAGCAGAAUACCUGUAGAGGACGCGCAGAAGAUAUUCAUUAUGCGCGGACUCUACUCUCCGGGAAACGAGGGCCCUCCAGACUGUUCUCUCAUCUGUGACGAGCACUUCUGCCGACCCGAAUGGACCGCAAACUGGAAAUACAACCUCAUGGGGAAGGCGUAAGAAUAAACUUGUCUAGCUUUGUAUAAAAGGAAAAAACCUACUCACCCUCAAAAAACUAUGUUUUUCAAAUACCAUUUUUGAUUUUACUUUUGGCUCCUUUAAAGUAGGUAGUUUAACUUUGAAUAGCUAGUUAAGGGACUCGCUGGAGGUUUUUUCCUUCUAUACUUUGAUACAGAGGUGGAUAUAGAUGUUCAUGCUGGAAAUACACCCUUAGUGCUGGCAAGGCGAAAUAGAACUUGUUUCUAGUGAGCUUAUAGAGUUCGAUUUAUCGCACGACAACUCAUUGAUGCUACAAAAAUUAAGAGUUAUCCUCGACCUCACAACAAGUUGAUCUUUGCACAACAACAGAUUCUACAAAGAGCCAAUUGCUUUGAAUGGGGUGAUAGCGCCUUACGAAGGCGGCCUCUUCAAAGGCUGGUCAUGGCGCAUUCUCAUACCGUUGGGUGCGCAGUGUAUGCAAAUGUGGAUGGCAGGAAUCAUAACGAAACAGCUUAGCUCAGUCUAUCUUAAGGCUACCGAAAACCCAUCUUGUUUUGGCCAUCUCUUUUGCAAUCUCUACCGAAAACCGUGAGCAUCUUGUUUUGGCCAUCUCUUUUGCAAUUGGCCAGUUUAUCUUGGCUCUUUCGGAAUGGCUUGUUUUGGGUAGUUUCUUGCAGAAAGUGGGUCUUUCUCUCAAGGGAAGAAAGUGUUUUUUUCUGUGAAGACGGCUCUUCUAAGCGCAUCGCCGGGCAAUGUUUUUUAAGUAGCUGCGGACACUUGAUGGACGUCCUCUCAACAAUUUUACUCCUUAGAAAUAACGACCUUGAAAAGUCCCAGGUACGCCUUAUUAUUAAAGUAGGUGGGCUUUUUACGUAUAGUCUUCUAAUUACCGUACUCUCGGACAAGCGGUUGGCUGCCUCUGCAACGUUUACCUUGGUGAUUACUGGCUGCUCCAAAAUCCGGACCCGGCGAUGAGGGUACAGUUUUAUUCCUCAUCGAGAAAACACCGUACGACCUGCUUGUUCCCACCUUGCUGCAUGGUAAGGGACUACGACGGACUAUACUAUUUUACUCACAUUGAUCAGAAUUAGUUGCGUUUGGCACUCGUGCGAACAAAGAUUUACUUUUAUGAUAUUCAAACACCACCAAUAGGCCAAGUGGCAGGAAGUUGUAACGGUGACUUUUGUUGCGAUCAUUUUGUGCGUGUCGCUGUUCAAUUUCAUGACCGCACCUGGGCCUGCAGAGAAACAGCCACAGACCUCGACUACAGGAGUGGAGCUAGAGACCCGAGACGGUAGUACCGGUGGGGGCAAAAAAGAUGCUCGUGUUAAGGCGUCUACUCUAAGAAGUAAUCCCUCUUGUUGAGAAGCACUAUAAUAUCCUCUCGUCGAAUAAUGUCUAUGAUUACAAGGACAAUGCUUUAGAAAUUUGCGAGGCUCUCACUCUUACAAAGACGGAUUCUCAUCUAUAUUCUGUCAACAUCUCGAGAGUGAUCCGCUCUGUUACUAGCCCACUGCCGCUUUUAUAGUGUGGUAGUGGGAUUCCUAUGAGCUAGAUCAAUGUCCGGCCAUUGUGUAGCUGAUACUGCCUGUCUUACAUGGUGUAGCGGCACAGGGCGGCUGUCGACAAUUAACCAUCACUCAUAGUGGUGCACUCACAGACGAUCCUCCAGUUUCACAAUCUCAGCUUCGCAGACAUCUUGCAAAGUCACAAUUCAUCAAUCUUAGAAUUUCGCAACUCAGACACCUUUCAAUUUCACACCUCAUCUCUUAUGAUCUGACCUCUAAUGACAAGCGAUCCACGUCUCGACGAGAGAGUUCGCCAAGCGACGGGAAGGAGGAUAGCCCAGAUAAGCAGUUUGACUUUGAGUUGCUAGUGGAAUCCUCCGCAGAAUCCGAGACGGACCAAUUAGAGUUACGUGCACCUCCGAAGUAAACUCCUUGUUCCGACAUGUUUGACUAUGCGUGUCACUCGCGCAAGUAGGAAGACGAGGAUGCAUAACGAUGAUGCAGUACAUGUUUGCUUGCGCAGUACAGAGGGUUAGACGCAGUCAUAUCUCAUGAUAAACUACUUGCGAACAGUAGAAGCUCAGGCACUAAGGUAUGCAGUGUAGAAUUCAGACCCCUAAUUUGUGUCCAGGACGGGUCGGAGCGAAUAUUUGAAGCCAUGACUUGAUUAAUUCUACGCAGAAUAGGAAUAAGCCAAUCACUAAGCAUUACCUACCAGUAUGAUGCAAACUGAUUGUGAAGGUUGUUUUUCGAGAAUAUAUACAUCAGCAAGUAGAAAGAGUGGAAAGAUCAUAAAGCAAGAUGGUAUAAGGUAUUCGAGGAUAAUGGGAAAAUAGUUGCACCAAUGAACGACAGCCAAUGAUACAAAGGUAACGCUUAUGAAACUAGCAGAGCUCCUGUCAGGGGUUACGAUGAGAUAAGUAACACACGAGAUUAGUGUCCCGACGCGCUUAUCGGGGAAAGAAAGACUUACUUAUAAAAGAUGAAGAUGAACUUGAACUAUUAAACCAGUAACGCAAGCCGAGCUCCGCUACUGAGCAACCUCUUUUCCAUUCGGGGACAGAGACAUCGCGUUUAGUCGCGACGUAGAGGGAAAUCCGACAGACUGUUUGAGGCGUGGUUGCAGCAUGUCGAAUGAGAAACUUAGAGGCAGAUGUUACUAACAGACGAAAGCUCCUAGCAGUUUUCAAAACUAAUCAUUUCUACACAGAAUUAGGAACAAGUGAAUUGUAUGCGAGAGUGCGGGUCAGACGUGUAAAAAAAGCAGCUAUUGAGGAUCUUAUAGUUGACCCGUCUUCGCAUACAAACAUAAAGAGUAUCUAUGUAGUUCUUCUUCUUUUUGGGAAUUUCGGUAAUGGAGUGAUUAUGCAGCAGACGGAUUUGCGCAAGAAUCCACUAUAGUGCUAGUUCCGUUGCGACUAUGACCGGGGAAGGAAAUAGGAAAACAAGAAGGAUGUACCUAGCGCGCACCUAAAAACAACUGUUUUAUGUGCGCCACAUGUAAGUACAGGGAGCUCAGUAUGUAAUAGUUUUGCGCGCAAGUACUCGUAC